AAUGGGUCUAUCCUUCUGUCAGUUUGUUUGUUGGUUUGACUGUCAUUCAUAUGCAGUGAUAGGCAAUAGUUAUGCCAAUUAUGUUAUUGUUAUUAUUGUCGACAUGACAUGAGAUCUGUUAUCAAUAAUGAAGAAGUAUAGGUAGAGCCCAAACAUCUAUCAGCACUAACCGAUGGCCACUUAUGGACAGCUGCCGGGACCGGGUGUGCGACCACCCGAACGAAAGAUCCGCAAGUGUUGCGGUUUUUCCGCGCGAUUUAUCCGUUAUUUUCUUUUCAUAUUUAACUUCAUAUUUAUGGCAUCGGGUUUAUUGAUACUUGUCCUGACUCUGGCGUAUGGCCGUCCGUAUAUGGAUUUCGGUGAAGUACACCUAAGAAGUAUACAGUCAUUGAUACCGACGACACAUUUGGUAAAUUUGAUUCACUGGUCAAUGGUUAUGUGCGGAUCAGCCAUCUGUGCAAUAGCUUUGGUCAACGCCAUUAUCAGCUGUUGUAGUCAUUCACCGGAUGACGAUUUUGUGGCCGAAGAAGCCAUUGAAUUGCAAUCAGAUGUCUCGUUUACUUCGGGCCGAUCUGCAGCCAGAAACCAAUAUUAUAACAAACAGGACGCACAGCGAUUCAACCGAAGAGUCGAAGUCAAGAGUGACAAAUCGUCUGUCAUUUUGUGUUUUUUUAUAUUUAGUCUGUUAUUCUUGUUUACACUUCAGCUGAUCAUUGGUUUAGUGUCGUUCAUAUCGGUUACACCGAACUCGGAAGGAAAAGACGAAUUCAUGUCUUCGUUGACUGAGAAUCUCAACGUCACACAAGUGUUGACCUCAAACGGCCCACAACUCGAGUCAUUGUACAGUACUUUCAAGUGCUGCGGUUGGAAGUUCUAUGACGACUACGAGGCUUUGGGCAACAAGUCCGAGCCCGUACCCGAUGCCUGCUGUAAAACAUUGGUGGAUAACUGCGGCCACCGUAAACACCCAUCUAAUAUCUACUACGACGGAUGUGUCCAUCGUUUCGGGCCAAUCCUUAAAGAGUAUCUUCUCAUUUUGGGAUCAGUUGCACUCGGCUUCUCUAUUGUCGAAGUGUUUGGACUGAUCUUUUCGUGUUGUCUUUAUGUCCAAAUGGCAGCCUAUUAGCUGAUGUAUAGUAACGAUACAAAUCAAUGAUCAAAAAAAGACAAAUGUUGUGUUCAACCGAUUUAUAUUUAUUUUAAUUAUUAUAAUGAUU